AUGUCUAAGCCAAAUAACGUAAACGAAGAUCCACACUUUCCAGGAGAUGGAUCAGUUGCAACGGGAGUGGUAAACAAAGGACCAGGAGCAUCAGCCGAGAAUCCGGGAGGCGUUCAUCCUACAACCGAUGCAAACAGUGGAAGUUAUAUGCCUGAACGUAAAGAAGGUCAACAAGGUCCUUCAAUCUUUCAUGCGAUCGAAAAUCCAUAUGCACUUAAAGAAUCACUCAAUAAAUUAGAAGCAGCUUUGGAUGAAGUGAUUGAUUUGUUCAAAGGUGAAGGAACCACUUUGUCCAAAGACGGAGACUUUGCACAGGGAAAAGCAGGAAUCAACAAAUUCUUGCAAUGGCGUAAGGAAAUUGAAGACCUGAAAGCAGGCAAAGAAUAG